AUGUAUUCUUUGUCAAGAUUCGCUCUCCGCAAAAAUCUUAUCCCAUGUUAUGAAGUGUUAAAACCCUUCAAUUCACUUUUGAGAUUUCAGAAAACCGAGGCAGUCUCUGAUCGCAGCGGUGAUCAGGAAUCCGCAACUCAAGGUAAACCCUUCCAAGACAUCCCUGGUCGCCCCAAAAACUUUAAAUCUUUCGUAGAAUUUUACUGGAAAUCUGAGCGAUUUACCAAAGGAUACAAAAUGCUGGACGAAUUGUUUCAGACAUAUGGCCCUAUUUUUAAGGAGUUCGCUUUCUUGGGGACGUACUCCGUGCAUCUCAUUGAUCCUGUUGAUCAAGAAAAAGCUCUACGUGCCGAAGGAAAAUAUCCCACCAGAGUAAUGAUUGACUUUUGGCUGGAGCAUCGACAACGCAGGAAUUAUUUCCCUGGCAUUUUGCUCUUGUAAGUCACGAUUCUCCAUGUGCCCAAAUACACUUCGCGUGACAUGACAGUAUCGCCAUUUAAUUAUGCGAAGCAGAAGGAGGUGAACACGCGAGUUCUUUUCACCAAUGCUGUUUCUAGAUAUACGGCAGCCGGACAGGUUUAUGAAGUUACUCCGCGUCUGGCAGUCGAAAUAUUUACCAAUUUUAAUUCACACAAUCAGAUACGUUUUUAGAUCGCUAGACACGUUACGUUUUCCACCGACCUGCUAGUUUUGCAUAAGCUCGGCGCUCUUUAUUUAUUUAGGACCUGUUUUCAUGGAUGUGGGGAAACCUAGGUAGUUGAGGUAACCCAAGGUUAUCCCAUGCAGUCUUACAACCCCGGGAUGCAGGGGCGAGGUUUCCCGAGGUUGUUAUCGCACUUGUAGUUAAGGAGUUUAAGAUGUCACUACGGCGACGUGUGGUAAACGUUGCCGUAAAAAACGUAAUUUAUUUUCUUCUAAGAUUUUCGCCAUCAGCUCGAUGCAUUAACCGUUUCUGACGGUACAACGUCUUCACUUCGGCUCAACAUGUGAAUGUGGUGCUGAGUUCAAAGUAACAUCGUGACUAAAUCGCUGUCGAGGUUGCAUUGCUAAGAGGACGUAAAAAUUGGUGUUUUAACGUUUAAGCUCUGCAUGAGACUGCUAGGAAAUGAACAAAGCUUUAACACACUCGUGUUUCGUUUUUUUUUGGCUCAUUUGAUCUUUUUGUAACAUGGACGCCACCCUGGCUGGCGGGUAACCCCACCUUGAGACGUUUACAUGGCAAACUGUCACUCUGGCAGACAGGGUUACCCUGCCCAGCAGCCUGGGCAACCUGCCUAGGCAGGUCACCCCACCUAUCAUGUAAACGUGUUCAAGAUAAAAUAAGAGAUUUUAUGGAUGGGCGGGUUACCACACUUGGUGGGUUACCUCACCAACCUGGGGUCCCCUACCUCCAUGUAAACAGGCCCUUAGACAGACUUAAAAUUAAAUCUGUGACUUAAAGGCUUGUUGCAAGCUUCCCGACACGGAAUUCAUAAACACUCCGUGUCCAGCAGUUGAAAGUUUUCCUCAAUUUUUAAUUUUAUUGUGAAAUUACAUUAGAAUUAUAAUAUGCUAGGCAGAGCUAUCUUUGUUUACCUUGGUAAUAAUUUCAUGAUUAUGCUUGUUGUCUUCACAAAUGUUAAUUGAGGUACAAUUGUUUGCAGCAAGCUUCAGGACACGAAGUCAAAAUACUCCAUGUCUGGCAGUCAAAUGUUUUUUUAAAUUUUAUGUUUUUCUUGUUGAUAGACUCAAAACAGUAGGUUGCCUGCUGUAAACAGAAUAAAUGAGAUGGUAAGGUUUGAACUUGGUAAAGAAAUAGAGAAAGAUGUUUUCAUCUUGUCACAGGUGUGGGACAAAGAAAAAAUUCAGGGCCCCCAAGGUCUGAGGUUCAAUUUCUCCUGGGGACUCUGAAUUUUUUCUUUGUCCCACACUCAUGACAAGAUGGAAACAUUUUUCUCUAAUGUUAUUAUUGUUUAAAAAACAAAAGAAUUAGUAAAUAAUUUUUACUGCCGGACAGGGAGUAAUUUCAAAAACCAAUCUGGGCUGCUGGACAUCUAGAUACAGCAUUUUACCUAUUGAUCAAACUAUAACAAAAUCUGAGAAACAAACUAGUUAUUGGUUACACGUUUUCUUAAAUUCUGCUGUAGUUGUAUUCAUUAACCCAAGCACUCAUUGAAGAGGACAAACAAACGCUGACAGAGUAAUAGCAAGCAUAUUCUAAAAAUUUGUUUUUCUCAAUUAAUGAACAACAUAUUUUUGUGAAUCUGACAGACAAGGAGAAGAGUGGUACAGAGUACGACACAGUGUAGCUCCAAAAAUAAUGCGUCCAAAGAUUAUGGAGGAAAAUAUUGAUAACUUUACAGCUGUAACAAAAGAUGCAAUUGCAAGGCUUGCCAAACUAAAGGAGGAAUGUGGACCUGACAGACACAUUCCAGACUUGGAGGAGGAACUUAGUAAAUGGGCUACAGAGAGUAAGUCAAUCAAAACUGGUUGUACUUUCAAUUAAUGUGAGUUAUCUGUGACCUAUAGAUGUAGUUUAAGUGAAGUUUCAUGGGCAGUAUGAGAAUCUAUUAUAUAAACAUCAAUGAAAUACCAAGUAAACUUUCAUAUGAAAACAUAUCUUCACACUUGAAGAUAGCAUGUUAACUGUGUAUCUUCACAGGUAGAAAGACCACUGUUGCUACGGUUAUAUAUAAAAAAGUUAAAGUCAAAUUGUUUUGUUUUAAUCUGUGUUUUUUUUAACAAAUAGAAUAUUGUGUGGCUGCAUGGAGAUAAGAAAUUUUUCUUUGAGUGUUGAAAAAUAUUUCUUGAGUGAGGGAAACAAACAAAUGAAAUAUUUUUCAAAACAAGAUGUAAUAUCUCUAAUCCACUUAAUAUCCUCUAUAUAAUUCAGUAUUAAAAAAUGUGGGUCACCAAGUUUGAAUUUGACUUCGAAGUUGAGUUGAGAGCCACAUUAAGGUAGAGUUAUAGCUGUGUCUCAAAGGCUGUAUUUUUGCCAAAAUUAGUCAACUAAUAUGUCAAAAAAGUGGAAAGGUAGGAGUUUUUUUUUUUUGAUAUGACAAAUGAGAAUGUGUGGAAGCUAUGAUCUAUUUAAUAAUUGGUAUUUGAAAGUAAGGAAACCAUUUUGAGCCUGCUUUUUAUCAAAUAUGCAUAUACCCAAAUGUGGAUCAAUGUCUGCCACAUUUGAUUGUCAAAGUUAUCAAUUAGGUGGCAUGUACCCCUCUCAUCACCAAAGCAAACCAAAAAACUUUGCCUAAAGAGGUUUUUGAAGGGUUGUCUCAAGCCAUCCUAUACUUAAUGGACUUUUAAAUUUGGGGAAAGCUGAUCAGGAGGCGGGAGUGUGCAUAAAUAUGUUGUGCUACCAUUCCAUUCUGCAAGGCAGAGUGGAAUGGUAGGCUGGCUUGCAGUUUAACCAGAGUGAUAAAAGCUUUUUGUGGUAAUUAGAAAUGAGGCCCUUUUUCUCAAUAAUGAGAGAAUGAAACAACAAUGAUGAUGAAAAUUGGGCCUCGGGUUAGGAAACUGGAUAACAGGCUGUGAGGUGGAUGUUACAGGCUUUUGAUAGAAUGGACUUCCUUUAAGCAAAGUGUUGUUUGAUAAUUGUUGUUUUUGAUAUUGUAUUUAUUCAUUUUAUCUUUAUGUUUUGAUUGAAUUAGGAAGUAAACAUUCUGUUUGUACUUUUUCAAGGUGUGGGAACACUUGCAUUUGAUUCCCGCCUAGGGCUCUAUGAAGAUCCUCCGAAAGAAGAAGCGAUGCGAUUCAUCACAGAGGUUCACAACUUCUUCUCAAUCAGUCAUAAGUUGUUUUUUAGUGUAUCAAGGCGUCUUGGUAAGAACUUCAGCAUUGAUACACCAUUACUAAAGAAAUUCUUCAAGACUGCUGAUACCCUUAUAGAAAUUGGGGAAGGUUUUGUGGAUAAGAAGAUGAAUGAAUUGAAAGAAAUGUCAGAUAAAGGAAUUGAUAACACUCAAGGCAAGUAUUCAGUUAAAUAUGUCCUUUUAGUAAAUUUAUGCACUUAUAUGAUUAUUACAUAGUUGUAUACAAGUCUAUGAGUCUGUAAGGUAAAUUGUAAAUUCUCAACAUGUUGUCUUAACCACAGUUGCAACAAUUUUUGUACAUUGACCAAUGAUGGUAUGGAUUUUGUUCAUAAGUUCUCUUUGAAAAUAUUGAUGUAAAAAAAUGUAAUCACAGCUUAAUUCCCAAUUUGUCUUCAAUUAUUUUCAGUGAUCACCAUCUUAUGUAUGUUCUUUUCAAACAGCUGUUCCACUGUUAACCUACCUGCUCACAAAAAAGGAACUGACUCCUCAAGAGGUUGUAGGUGUUCUUCUUGAUGUGGUUGGUGCAGGAGUUGAUACAGUAAGUGAUAUAAUCAAUGACAUGUUUCUGUCAAUUACUGCACGAGUAGAAAAUUGAGCAGAGUUUUCCUGUAGGUAAAUAUAGAGUCAGUAAUAUUUCCAGGGUGGCUAAUUAGCAACAUUAACCCAUCUAUUGAGAGGAUACAGCAAAAUGUUUGCAACUUAACUCUUUAACACCCAGAUUUUGUUAACAUGACUCUUCCAUCAAUUUCUUUAUGUUCCCUAGAGAUUAGCUACAGGGUAUUCCCUUGAAAAAUUGCUGAAAUCUCCUGUCUGAUUGACAAAGAAGUGUGUGGCAGUCAGUUGAGAGAAGGAGUAUUUUGAUCUUUGAGUCACAUGGAUUAUUGUGCCAAUCAUUGCUAAGGGACAAAUCAAACAAAUAUGACAUAAAUGAUUCUGCAGAAGGUGAAGAUAUUGAUCACUGUUGUGGAACACUUGAGCAUGUAUGAUGCUGCUAUGGGAGAUAUCUCCAAUGUAAUAGCUGCCAAAACUUAGUGAAAGCCUUAAGAGAAGUGCUUUAGGUAUUCUGUCACAAAUAUUGCAAUCCAGGUUUUACAUGUAUGACAUGCAUACAGAACAAAAUUAACCUGCCUGCACCCAAUUUGAACCUUUCUGUCAUUGAUGUCUAGAUUCAUAUCAGUGGGAUUAAUUUUCACAUCAUUUUCUCCUUGAUAACACAGACAGCAAAUACUACUUUGUGGAUGUUGUAUAAUUUGGGAAGAAAUCCACAUGUACAAGACAAACUCUAUCAGGAAGUGGAAAGUGUUGUUGGAAAAGAUGCAGAUGUUACCUCUCAGAGUCUAGCGAAACUGUCAUAUUUGAAGGCCUGUCUUAAAGAAACAAUGAGGUAAACUUGCUCUGCCUUACUGAAAAAAAAAACUACUUACUUUUUACACAUUGAUAGUUUUGUAGGAGUGGUAUUUCCAUGAUGGAUGUAUUUAUUUGUAAAAAACCUGAGCUGUUUGAUACCAGCUUUAAUCUUCUCCUUUGUCAUGUUCUUUCUCUUACUUUUCCUUGAGAAGAUUACACCCAGUUAUUUCUGCCAACAGUCGAAUAUUGGAUGAGGAUAUUGAGUUACGUGGCUAUCAUGUGCCAGCCGGAGUGAGUCUCUGUUUCUUUUUAUUACCUACAUGUAUCUUGUUAAGUGCUGUAUAGCCUUCUUGUAAUCAUUUAUGAUAAAAGUGAUAAUGACAAUAGCAAUAAGGAUUAUGAUGAAGGUGAUGAUGAUCGACAAAAAUAAUUACCGCUAAGGACUCUGAAAUAAAGUUCUCUUGAUGGACUACAAAAACUAUUCAUUACUAGUCGUAGUUCCCCUACAUUAACAAAUCGCAACAUCCCUCAAAUUCUUGAAAUCUUUCCUUUACAGGAUGAUAAAAUGUAUCUAUCAAUUCCCUUUAUUCCUCAGUUCAAAUAUGAAUAUUAUAAAUAAUUCUUUCCUUGGACUAUUUACUGUGAAAGCUGUUUCAGGAAAGCCUCUAACCGGUAUGUGUGGUGUGCGAAUUUACGCAGGUAGAGCCCCUAUUAUUAAGGAAAUGUAAUAAUCUAAAGCCUUGUCUUGUCAAACUCAGCUCAAAUGAUAUCACUGUUUUAUCCCUUUUAUUUGAUCCAGGACUGAUGCAAUUCCUAAUUAUUUUUGCAGACUUUCAUAGUUUUAGAAAAUUAUUGUACUGCUCGCUCAGAAAAGUACUUUGAGGAUCCUUUAGAGUACAAACCAGAGCGCUGGCUGCGAGAACAGAGGGAAGAGGCUCACGCUUUUGCAAGUAUUCCAUUUGGAUUUGGACCUCGUAUGUGCCUUGGUGAGUAAGGCCGUUGAUUGAGGCGAGCUGAAAAAGACAGGGGGGGCACUAGGAUUUUCAAGGGUGGGGGGGAGGAGAGUUUGGGUCAAGGUUAUCAAUUGCGGCACGUCUUGCGUGAAGAGACUUAUACCGCUCCUAUACUACGGGCUCUUAUAGCACUGGAAACGAUUUAUGCCUUGCAUUCAUCAAAGAUAUUCUUCUCUGAAAAGCCCACAUGGUUUUUUUAGGAUAUCUUGCACCCUUACUUAUUUUAUUUACAACUGUAUUUAACCAGGGCUCCUGAUUUAACUUCAUGACGUUGUAAAUAGUAAGUCGAAUAAAGAUUGUUUUGUCUUGUCAUUGGAUUUGUGCAUUUUCACCUCCUGAAUUAUAGGGGCAUUCCUGGACAACCACCCCCCUCCCCUGACACCACGGCUCAGAUCUCUCCGCCCCAUUUUCACCCUUUACUACUGUCUGUAAGAAAUUUUUUAACUUCAUCUCUUCCGACUUUCCUUUUGAAUCUUCCAUUUUUUUUGUAAGGUCGUCGUUUGGCGGAAUUGGAAAUUUACCUGUUUGUUUGCAAGGUGAGAAUGUCAUGUUUCAAACGCACUGUAGUUGCGGAAUCUUCCAUGAAGUUUUGAUUCGUUUGUCUUAUUCUUUGUCUUGCAGCUACUGCAGCGGUUUCAAAUUGAAUACAAUCAAGGUCCGUUGGAAAUGUACCAGAAGAUUCUUAUGGUUCCUGAUAAGCCGGUUAAGAUCAAACUAAUCGACCGCCGUUGA